AUGGUGGUGACUUCAGAACGUCAGGCGUCCGCCGUUCUCGGCGUCCCACCGUACGUCGCUGCGAGAGCCUUCAAGGACGUCACUCGCAUCAAGGAAUUCGGUGCAAUUAAUUUUGUCUCUUGCUGCAUACUUGAGACGGCACAUGAUCCUUCGACCGUCGGCGUUGUGCGUCGCGUUACUCUCGAUUUACCGGGCAUUCCGCAGUCAAUUCUUCGAGAGAGGCUGGCAUCCGUGGAGGAGGACCCCUACCGCACCUGCAUCCGUAUGGACUAUGUGCCAUGCGACGCCAAGGAGGCUCAUCGCUCAGCAUUUGGCGUGGAGGGAACGAAACGCUUGUUGAAUGCGUCGACAUUUGCAACCUUCACGGCCGUCUCUAAAAAUCCCAACCGAUGUUUCUUAGAGAUUUCUACAAAAUUCACCGUGGACAUUGAUGUUUCCCCGGACGGGGUGCAACGGGCAGCGGACAACCCAACAUACCACGAUAUUGACCAGUUUUGGAAUUUGUACGUCACCCGCGCGGCUACGGCUUUAGAGGAUUAUCUUCUCUCGACGGCGUUUGCCACGACGGAGUGCCAAAUUGGAGGUGGGUUUGAAAAGGAGUUCGUCAAUGCGGAAAAUGAAUACUGCCAAUGGGCGGCGAAAAAUUGCGAUAAAAUUUCUCGCGAGGAGGCAAUGCAGGUACUUGAGAAGGCCCUCAAUGCAUGGCAACGCGAGCGAUGUGAACUUAAGCACCAACAGUUGGUAAACGCGCAGCUGAUGGCGGACGCAGCCGGAUCGGCGGCAGUGGCCGCUUCUGCACAUCGCCUUUCUCUCGCGGCGAUGAGCGAAAUGUCAUUUUCUGAUCACUCGGCGCCCAAGCCGUCACGCCGUACGACAGCCACGUCAAUUGCAAGGAAUACUUCAGCGGAAGUGAUUACGGCGCCAAAAAAUUGGGUGCCGGAGGUUCCUGUCGUUGACAACGCCGUGGAUCUCAACAUGUUGAAGCCAGUGCACGUGCCGUUUUUCUCUCCCGGUGGUGGACGUGUUUUGAGCGUUGACCCAGCGGAAAGCGAGGCAUUGCAGAAGGUGCAGACUGAGUCACGGGACGCCGCUUCGCCUCACCGACCUGCGGCAAAAGCGUUUCAAAAGGAGCUUCUUCUCAGCUUCUUGACAGAAAUCGGCACAAUCAAUGAACGGGUGGCACAGACAAUUUUUAAUUCAUUGGACACAAAUCACGAGGGCUUUGUCACAGAGCAUGGGGUGAGCAUGGUGCUGAGUCAGAUGGACCCCUUGGGUCUCUACGAGGACAGAAAUGGGAAGAUGCUCCAAAUGGAGGAGUGCCGACAGGCUGUGGGCACAGGCAUUUUUCGAAAUAUUUCGAUUGAUCAAAGUUCCUGUGACACACACCCCGCUGCUGCCGCCUCUGCUGCCGGCUCUGCUGCUGCUGCCAUGGAUGCGGCACCACACAAUAUCGCCUCAAAGGGAGAGACAAAAGACCAUGAAGCGGAAGGAAAGGACGGUUUUGCUGAGGAACUCAGCCCACUUCAGGCUCUGAUCCGCCGUCAAAAUGAGCAGAAAAAAGUCUUGCAAGACGAGUUAAUUAAGAAGCGUACAGCUGAAUUGAUGAAUAACUAUGCAUACAGAACUCGAGGGAGACUUCACUACGACGAAUUUUGUUUGAUGAUGUUGCAUCUUUUGAAGGACUAUUGA